AUGUACAACAUCAAACUACGAAUCAUCGAAACAGAUAACGAGCUGCGAAAAGGCGGAUUGACCCGCGCAUGGCUCGAAAACAAGGGUAUCCAAGUGGAAGAAAGUGCACCACGCACACAACAACAGAACGGCUCUGGCGAGCGUUCUGGGGGGGUAGUGAAAGAAAAAGUGCGGUUACUCAUUAUCGACAGCAAAUUACCCUCUGGCCUAUGGCCUGAAAUUAUGCGCACCGCAGUCUAUCUCCUGAAUCGAACCCCAAAACAAGGACUUCAAUGGAAGACUCCGUACGAAAGCUUCUUUUCUGCGAUUCAAAGCUCGCAAAACUACAUCCAACCUCGUAUUGGGCAUAUGAAAAUGAUUGGAUGCAAAGCCUUUGCGAUGACAAAGUCAGCUCAGCAGAAGGAUAAACGCCUACAAUCAAGAACAAACCCAAAAGCGUGGAUCGGAUACCUUGUGGGAUAUAACUCACAAAACAUCUUUCGGAUCUGGAACCCCCUGACUAAUAAGAUAUAUAUCACUAGAGAUGCUAUCUUUAAUGAGGAAGAAUUCUUCAGCGCUAACGAGUUACAGGUGACAGAAACGAUCGGGGAAGAAACCCUAGAAGAAUUACAAGUGAGAUUGCAAUCACUUAUGAACACUGAGCAAAUCGAUCAGGUCUUGGAACCUGUUCAGGGCCCAGACGAGCUUGAAAGCCAAGAAUCGACUCUCGAAAAUCUGAUUGACGACUUGCCUACAGAAGAGGCAGAGCCAACAGAGGAUCAAGAAGACGAUGGUACAAAGUACACUCAAGCUCGAUUCGAGCUCUUACCUACUCCUCCAGAAAGCCCAUUUUCAAGCUUCUUAGCACAAAUUGGAAUACAGUCACCUGCAAGAAAAGAAGGACUUGACGUGGACCUGAAAAUCCUCAAUCAAGCCUUCAACGCCGGAACAAUGGCUGUACCAAUUGCAAAGCAAGAAGGAAAGCUGAUAACAAAGGCAACGAGGAGCAGAUACAUCCGCGGAAGACUGAAGCCCAGAUGGGAAGCGCAAAAGAGCCAUAUGAACCUCGUUCCAGACAAGGAGAGACUCCAUCGGAGGAAUCUGCCACCGGCUCCAAGCUCUUUUGGAAGUCUCACCGGUCACCGGUUCGAGGAGGAGUUCAAACAAGCGCAAAAGGACCAUCUGGAGAGUCAUAAGCAGAUGCGAUCAUGGUCAGAGAUUUCGAGGCUUGAUCCCCGAAUUGGAGACUCGCAAGUACUUGACUGUAUGUGGGUCUUCACAUAUAAGUUUGACAAACAUGGGUACCUGCGAAAAUGCAAGGCAAGGCUUGUAGUUCGAGGAGACCAACAGUAUAAGUCAAGCACAGAUGAUACAUAUGCUGCUACCCUUGCUGGAAAGUCAUUCAGGACGCUUAUAGCAAUUGCUGCAAAAUAUGACCUAGAGCUCCUGCAGUACGAUGCAGUGAAUGCGUUUGUAAAUGCAAAACUGCAAAGCAAUGUAUUCAUGAAGCUGCCACCCGGUUACCGGAGUGGUGAGAAACAGGAUCGAAUACUGCUCCUACACAAAGCACUUUACGGUCUGCGCAUCGCACCUCUUUUGUGGCAAAUGGACCUCGGAGAUACCCUCGAGGCUCAAGGCUGGAAUCAAGUCCCAAAUGAACCAUGUUGCUAUCGGAAGGAGAAUAUCCUUAUGUUCUUCUACGUAGACGACAUAGUAUUUGCAUAUAAGAGAGAAGAUGAGAAGAGUGCCUCUCAGGCUAUUGAGCAACUCCAACGAAAGUAUACACUUACUGGAGGAAAAGAGCUUCAAUGGUUCCUUGGAAUGGAAAUCAUUCGAGAUCGAAGCUCAAGGCACAUCUGGGUAACUCAAAUCUCAUACGUGGAAAAGAUAUGCGAACAGAGCACUUCAAAAACGCCAAACGCGUCUCCAAUGUCAAAAGAAGAACUCCUCCCUAAUGAAGGCACCGCCAGCUACAAGACAACUGCCUGGUAUCGAAGGGCCAUAGGGUCACUGCUCUACGCCAGUGUAAUUACUCGGCCGGACAUCGCAUUUGCAGUAUCAAGACUGGCACGUUUUAUGACCAACCCAAGCGAAAAACAUGUGGAGGCGGUGAAUCGAGUUUUCAAUUACCUAAACGACACUCGUUUCUAUGCAUUGGAGUUUGGUCCCGGAGAGGGGUUCGACGUUCACAGUGACGCAUCUUUUGCAGACAAUUCCCUAGACCGCAAAAGCUCUCAAGGCUAUGCAAUGAAACUCUUCGGAGGUCUAAUAGGAUGGCGAGCCAAUAAACAAGACACUGUAACGACAUCAACAACUGAAGCGGAGCUAUUGGCACUCUCACAAGCAGCAAAGGAAGGUCUAUUUCAGAAAAGGCUCCUCCAAGGACUACAACUCGAGCUGCCAAUUGACCAAAUGCACCUCGUCCUCUGCUCAAAAACUCGACAGAUCGAUCUCCAACUGUUUUGUGACAAUAAACAAACGAUCGGCCUCUUGAAGAAUCCACUACAAAAAUUAAAGACGAAACUGAAGCAUGUGGAUGUACACAACCAUUGGCUGCGCGAACAACUAAAACAAAAGACCCUAUCUCUUCAGUAUAAACAAAGUUCAGAAUUGAUUGCAGACGGGAUGACCAAAGCACUCCAGGGCCACUCACAAAAGGAAAGCUGCAAGCAAUUUGGACUUGUGAAUAUUGAAGAGAAAAUCCGAAUGAGGAGAGAAAAGGUUACUGCGGAAAGAACGAUUGAGGAAAUCCUAGAGGAGUUGAAAAUUUAG